GGUGAGGAAAAGGGAGAGAAUCCCAAGCAGAGUCCCCACUGAGGCUGGAGCUGACUUGGGGCUCGAUCUUACCACCCUGUGAUCAUGAUCCGAGCUGAAACCAAGAAUCAGAUGCUUAACUGACCGAGCCACCCAGAGGCCCCCACUUAAGCUUUCUUUUUUGUCUUUUCGAUGUAUUUCUUGGGGCUUUAGCAGGAGUCGGGCUCAGUACUUGGUGCUGGGGAUAAAGUGUAGAGCGAAAUAGUAGCGAUCUGGAUCCUCAUGAAGUUUAUAGUCAGAGGGGUGGGGACACACGUUGAACAAGGGGCAAUUUCAGUAUAAUUGUGAUAAGUACUAUGGAGGAAACGCAGAGGGUAAAUGGGGCAAAACGCAGUCUGGGUGGAGGAGCUGGAACAUCUUCCCUGAGGAAGUUCCUUCUAAGCCUUGAACCGAGGAAGAAGUAGAAUUUGGCCUGAUACAGUGUGUGUGGUGCGAGUGUGACGGGGACCGAUGUGGAAAGAGAUUCCCUUUUGUAUAGAGGUCACCGGUUGGCAGCUCACAGGCUGAAUUCAUUCCAUAGACGUGAUUUAUUUGGCUUGCAGCAUUGAAAAAUGUGAAUUACUUGCCAACCUUUUCAAAAUCAGGAGCUGUCAUGUUUAAAUGUACACUUUAUUCCAGCUUCUGUUGAAAAUGAGAGGCUCGGGCUCCACCGGGAUGCCGGUGGCAGCUCUCUGCUAAUGUGGGGGUGCUGUGUGCCCCUGCCAUGCGGGGUGGGGGGCACCCCGUAGUUCCUGUGGCAUCUCCUGAGCCGGGCGUGCCUUUGCUCAUUGACACAGGCGUUUGAAUUUGUCACCUCCCACGAAUCAGUGCUUUUUAGGGAAGAGGUGAUUGUUGAAGUGUAGUGCUUGGUGGGGGGGAGGUCAGGCAGAUCUGGGUUCGAAUCUCAGUUUUGACACCUCUGUGGCUCCUUGAUCUUGGGCCAGUUCCCUCCCUCCAUCUGUGUCCAGUUUCCUGGCCUGUUGAAGGGGGCCACCAUCGUCUUCCUCCCGGAUUUUACCAUGUCGUGGUUUAGUGGCCUCCUGGUCCCCAAAGUGGAUGAACGGAAAACAGCCUGGGGUGAGCGCAAUGGGCAGAAGCGUCCGCGCCGUGGGACCCGGACAGGUGGCUUCUGCACGCCCCGCUACAUGAGCUGCCUCCGGGAGGCCCAGCCCCCUAGUCCCAGCCCCGCCGCUCCCCCGCGGUGCCCCUGGCAGGAUGAGGCCUUCAUCCGGAGGGGUGGCCCGGGCAAGGGCACUGAGCUGGGGCUGCGGGCGGUGGCCCUGGGCUUUGAGGACACAGAGGCAACGGCAGCAGUGGGGGUGGCCGAUGUGGUGCCCGACGGGAGCCCCAGGCGUCGGUGGUCGUGCUGGCGGCGUCUGGCCCAGGUGUUCCAGUCCAAGCAGUUCCGCUCGGCCAAGCUGGAGCGCCUGUACCAGCGGUACUUCUUCCAGAUGAACCAGAGCAGCCUGACGCUGCUGAUGGCCGUGCUGGUGCUGCUCACAGCGGUGCUGCUGGCCUUCCACGCGGCGCCUGCCCCUCCGCAGCCUGCAUAUGUGGCCCUGCUGGCCUGCGCCGCCACCCUCUUCGUGGCGCUCAUGGUGGUGUGCAACCGGCACAGCUUCCGCCAGGACUCCAUGUGGGUGGUGAGCUACGUGGUGCUGGGCAUCCUGGCAGCUGUGCAGGUGGGGGGCGCCCUGGCGGCUGACCCCCGCAGCCCCUCUGUUGGCCUCUGGUGCCCCGUGUUUUUCGUCUACAUCACCUACACGCUCCUGCCCAUCCGCAUGCGGGCGGCUGUCUUCAGUGGCCUGGGCCUCUCCACCCUGCAUCUGAUCUUGGCCUGGCAACUCAACCGCGGGGACGCCUUCCUCUGGAAGCAGCUGGGCGCCAACAUGCUGCUGUUCCUCUGCACCAACGUCAUUGGCAUCUGCACACACUACCCGGCGGAGGUGUCUCAGCGCCAGGCCUUUCAGGAGACCCGUGGUUAUAUCCAGGCCCGGCUGCACCUGCAGCACGAGAACCGGCAGCAGGAACGGCUGCUGCUGUCCGUGUUGCCCCAGCAUGUUGCCAUGGAGAUGAAAGAAGAUAUCAACACAAAGAAAGAAGACAUGAUGUUCCACAAGAUCUACAUCCAGAAGCAUGACAAUGUCAGCAUCCUGUUUGCGGACAUUGAAGGCUUCACCAGCCUGGCAUCCCAGUGCACCGCACAGGAGCUGGUCAUGACCCUGAACGAGCUCUUUGCCCGGUUUGACAAGCUGGCUGCGGAAAAUCACUGCCUGAGGAUCAAGAUCUUAGGGGACUGUUACUACUGUGUGUCGGGGCUGCCGGAGGCCCGGGCAGACCAUGCCCACUGCUGUGUGGAGAUGGGGGUGGACAUGAUCGAGGCCAUCUCGCUGGUGCGCGAGGUGACAGGUGUGAACGUGAACAUGCGCGUGGGCAUCCACAGCGGGCGUGUGCACUGUGGUGUCCUCGGCCUGCGGAAAUGGCAGUUCGACGUGUGGUCCAAUGACGUGACGCUGGCCAACCACAUGGAGGCAGGGGGCCGGGCCGGCCGUAUCCACAUCACCCGGGCCACGCUGCAGUACCUGAAUGGGGACUAUGAGGUGGAGCCAGGCCGUGGCGGUGAGCGGAACGCAUACCUCAAGGAGCAGCACAUCGAGACCUUCCUCAUCCUGGGAGCCAGCCAGAAACGGAAAGAGGAGAAGGCCAUGCUGGCCAAGCUGCAGCGGACGCGGGCCAACUCCAUGGAAGGGCUGGUGCCACGCUGGGCGCCUGACCGCGCCUUCUCCCGGACCAAGGACUCCAAGGCUUUCCGUCAGAUGGGCAUUGAUGAUUCCAGCAAGGACAACCGGGGUGCCCAAGAUGCCCUGAACCCCGAGGAUGAAGUAGAUGAGUUCCUGGGCCGCGCCAUCGAUGCCCGCAGCAUCGACCAGCUACGGAAGGACCAUGUGCGCCGCUUCCUGCUCACUUUCCAGAGAGAGGAUCUUGAAAAGAAGUACUCGCGGAAGGUGGACCCCCGCUUCGGAGCCUACGUCGCCUGUGCGCUGUUGGUCUUCUGCUUCAUCUGCUUUAUCCAGCUUCUCGUCUUCCCACACUCCACCGUGAUGCUUGGCAUCUAUGCCGGUAUCUUCCUGCUGUUGCUGAUCACUGUGCUGACCUGUGCCGUGUCCUCCUGUGGCUCUCUCUUCCCCAAGGCCCUGCGCCGUCUUUCCCGCAGUAUUGUCCGCUCUCGGGCACACAGCACUGUGGUUGGCAUCUUUUCAGUCUUGCUUGUGUUCACCUCUGCCAUCGCCAACAUGUUCACCUGCAACCACACCCCCAUACGAAACUGCGCAGCCCGGAUGCUAAAUGUGACACCCGCUGACAUCACCACCUGUCACCUGCAGCAGCUCAAUUACUCUCUGGGCCUGGACGCUCCCCUGUGUGAGGGCACCGCACCCACCUGCAGCUUCCCUGAGUACUUCGUUGGGAACAUGCUGCUGAGUCUCUUGGCCAGCUCUGUCUUCCUGCACAUCAGCAGCAUUGGAAAGCUGGCCAUGGUCUUUGUCCUGGGGCUCAUCUAUUUGGUGCUGCUUCUGCUGGGCCCCCCAGCCACCAUCUUUGACAACUACGACUUGCUGCUUGGUGUCCAUGGCUUGGCUUCUUCCAAUGAGACUUUCGAUGGGCCGGACUGCCCAGCUGCCGGGAGGGUGGCGCUCAAGUACAUGACCCCCGUGAUUCUGCUGGUGUUUGCGCUGGCUCUGUAUCUGCAUGCCCAGCAGGUGGAAUCAACUGCCCGGCUGGACUUCCUUUGGAAACUGCAGGCAACAGGGGAGAAGGAGGAGAUGGAGGAACUGCAGGCAUACAACCGGAGGCUGCUGCAUAAUAUUCUGCCCAAGGACGUGGCUGCCCACUUCCUGGCCCGGGAGCGUCGGAACGAUGAGCUCUACUACCAGUCGUGUGAAUGUGUGGCCGUCAUGUUUGCCUCCAUUGCCAACUUUUCUGAGUUCUAUGUGGAGCUGGAGGCAAACAAUGAGGGCGUCGAGUGCCUGCGGCUGCUCAAUGAGAUCAUUGCUGACUUUGAUGAGAUCAUCAGCGAGGAGCGCUUCCGGCAGCUGGAGAAGAUCAAGACGAUCGGGAGCACCUACAUGGCGGCCUCAGGACUGAACGCCAGCACCUACGAUCAGGCCGGCCGCUCCCACAUCACUGCCCUGGCAGACUAUGCCAUGCGGCUCAUGGAGCAGAUGAAACACAUCAACGAGCACUCCUUCAACAAUUUCCAGAUGAAGAUUGGGCUGAACAUGGGCCCAGUUGUGGCAGGCGUCAUUGGGGCUCGGAAGCCGCAGUAUGACAUCUGGGGGAACACAGUGAAUGUCUCUAGCCGUAUGGACAGCACGGGUGUCCCUGACCGAAUCCAGGUGACCACGGACUUGUACCAGGUUCUAGCUGCCAAAGGCUACCAGCUGGAGUGUCGAGGGGUGGUCAAGGUGAAGGGCAAGGGGGAGAUGACCACCUACUUCCUCAAUGGGGGCCCCCCCAGUUAGCAGGGUCCAGCUACCAAUUCAACUGUCAGGACCAAGGUGGGCAUCUGAGUGGACUCUGUGCUCACUGGGAGGAGCUGUGGCAGGGGGCACCAGGCCUCCAGACCCUGCUGACCACAAAAGGGAACAACACCCCAGUAGGCUGUGCUUGGACCACACUUGCUAGUCUGCCCUCAGGCUGGUGAACAAGGACACCAAGAGGAUUAUGCAAGUGACUUUACUUUUCUAAUUGGGAUAGGACUGUUGCCUCUUCCUUCCUUUCUUGGGAGCAAGGGAGGCAGCAGCUACAGAGGCAGCAGGAGCCCUCCUGCCUGAGGGAUUAAAAAUGGCAGCUUGCCAAGCCUGUCCUUCCCCUGUCUGUCUGGGCAACAGACUCAGGGCUGGGCCCUUUUUUCCCUCUUUUUCCUGGGAAUAUUUUGUACAAAGACUGGGGCAGGCAUGAGAAGUGCCUAUUCCAUGCUUGCCUCUGCUAUGCCUGCAUCCCCAGCACUGGCCUUGGGUACCCCACCCCAGUAAGGUCUCCCUUCUAGGCACAGGGCGGAGGAGGGAGAUGCUCUGGGGACCCAGCUCUGUCCGUAUUUCAGGGGAAUGUCUCCAUUUGCCAAAUCCUAGUCCCAUGAUCUGUCCCCAAAGGGGAACAAAGGGACUUUUGACAGCUCAGAUUUAGCCCCGGUUCCUGCACAGCUCCAGGGAAAGGGGCAUCUGGCCUCAUUGGUACUGUGAAAACGCCCAGCCAGAGAGCGAGCAUAUGUGUGGGAAUUCAGAAGAUCAGGAGUUGAAAGUUCACCUGCAGGUGCCAAAGAGAGCAGGCCAGCCAGGGAGUGGGGUGGUACCAGACUCUUGAUCUCAGGACCCCCCUGGGGUCAUGAUCAGGUACCUCUGCCCCUGUGCACUCUUGCUGUCUGCUGGCAAGGGGGCACAGAGCAUCUCUACCCAUUCUGUUGCCAAAUAGAAAAGGGUCAGGGCAUGGAGGAGGAUGACCCUGAUCACAAACCUGUCCUCCCAAGUCUCUGGCCCUGGGGAGGGCCUGUGUGUCUGUGUAAUGCGUGUGCAUGUCGGCCUUUGUGUGUGUAUCUGUUUCCCAGGUCUGUGUGUGUCCUUGUGCUCCUCCUCAGCUCUCCACCUGGGGUUACCUCUCUCCUGUGGGCCUCUGUCUUCUGGGAAUAAGGCAGGGUUUCUGAUUUCAAGGGACGAAGAGAGAUGCCUACGUUGCACAGGAGUGGCAUGGGGUGUGGUAGCAAGAGGAAGGUGCCCCUGGGGAGAGCAGUCCUUUUUGUGCCAAAUCCCUAAGUGCCAUUUGGGGGCCGCAUGUGCAGCACGACUGUCUCCCCGCCUCAGGCAGGGACCCAAGCGCCUGCUUGAGCCUCCGUGCUCCCUGCACUUGAACUGUCUGGGGUUUGGUGGGCAGAGGCUCAGGAAUUUCCUGGGUUCCCCAUCUGGGGGUAUACUUUGGGACAGAGGUAGCAUGGGGUCUCUCUGAGGACCCAGAUACUGGUACUAGGGGGUGGAGCAAGGGAACCUGAAACUUGGCGUUCCACAGCCUUCCAUCUCAGUCUAGCAUGUUCCUGGCUUCCCAGUCCCCAUGAAGCCUGUAAGGGCUAGGAGGAGGAUUGGAAGGUCGGACUCUAGAUUCCCUUCCUAUAUCUGCCUUCCUUUUACUCCUUUCCCUGCAACCUCCUUGCCUCAGGCCUGAAUUAGUUGGUGCCUUGGUUUCUCUGUCUGUACCAAUUUAAGCCAGAGCCAUUAGCCUGCAUUUGAAGAUCAUUUUGUCUGGGAGGUGGUGAGAGAGACGGAGGAGAGAGGGUCCCAGAGUUACUGGGUUUGGGGAAUGGAAGGGGUAGGGAGUACUUUUGCCCUUCCUCGUGCCCUUUCAGACUCCCGCUCCUUUCAGAGACCUGGUUUCGGCUCAGAUUGCCUCCCUGAGGGAUCUUCAUGCAUCUACCAAAUGGGCCAUCAGGCACUUCAUUAGCCAUGGCAGGAGGAGGGCGCAAGACUAGUUGGUCUGGACAGAAAAUCCACUUCCUUUCCCUAGCCAUAUCCCUGGAUAGGAAGGGACUGCUUGGAGCCCUAGGGUGGGGUGAGGAUGUAAGGAGACCAGAGUGGGAAGACCUCAGUCUUCGGUGACUUGUCUUUGCUUCUUGCCAAGUGGGAGGGGCCUGUCCACACCCUGACUCCCCAUACCACAGUGCCAGCCAUGCCCUUCUCCUGGGCUACCAUCGUCCCCUUUCUCACCAGAUGUUGGGGAAGUCAGUGAAUGGGAGGCCCAUGGACUUUGGUUUUAUAAUGUAACCACUGUGGGGGGGGAGGGUGGUGUAUCAUGUAUUUCCGUGAAAUAUUUAAUAUAUUUAAAUAUCAAUAAAAUCAAAUUCUUUGUAAAA